AUGGGCAACUGCAUCAAUAGGGUGCCUCUGUUAGGAUCCCCUUCAGAAGAGGACCAAGACGAGGCAUGGAAGAAACAGACGCGUGGAAGGAUAGAAAAUAAACUUUACACACUUGUGGACCUGAAGGGUCCCAAUAGCAACACAGAACUGGUUCAAAUCUGGAAAGAAAGUGGAAGACCAGGAUUUAUGAGAGAGCUUCAAAGCAAUGAAAUUCUACUUCCUUAUUUAUAUGAACGAGGCGAAGGAAAGGAGGUUACAGCUGAGGAGAAGAAGGAAUGGCAACAUGAAAAGGGGCAUGAGGUAAACAAAAAUUAUCAAUGCGAAAAAUAAACUUCUGUUAGGUUCGCUAAUUAGUGUUUAACCAUAAAUAAUCAUACAGUGUCUACACCAUACUCAACAACGAGAACCAUCAUCCGCAGCACGGUUAAUUAACAGUGUCACAGUAAAGUACUGUCCAGUAGCUUUCGUUUGAAUGGGCACACUUAAAAGUUUCAUCCACAAGCUCAGAAACUAAAGCUACCUUGUACAACAUAACAAACAGUAUCACAGGAAAGUACUGCUCAGUAGCUUUCAUUUGAAUGGUCACACUUCAGGAUUUCAUCCACAGACUCAAAAGUUAGAACCACUUUGUACAGCAUAAUAAACAGUACCACAGGAAAGUACAGUUCAGUAGCUUUCAUCUGAAUGGUCACACUUUAGGAUUUCAUCUACAGACUCAAAAGUUAGAACCACCUUGUACAGCAUAAUAAACAGUACCACAGGAAAGUACUGCUCAGUAGCUUUCAUCUGAAUGGUCACACUGAAAGAUUUCAUCCACAGACUCAAAAGUUAGAACCACCUUGUACAGCAUAAUAAACAGUACCACAGGAAAGCACCGUUCAGUAGCUUUCAAAUUGAUGCCUUGAUAAUGGUCUCAAGAACAACUGCUCUUUCUUCAUUUUAUAGUGUUGAAAAAAAAAUUAUAAUUUAUCUAUUUUAUCAGUAGCCAUUCCUGACAUACAAUUUUUUCACAUACUUUUUCUUGUACAGUCCAAUAAACACGCAGUGAAAAACGAAGACGAUUCAGAACACACACCCCGCAAAGCGUGCUGGUCUCUUGUGCACCGUGGUACCCUGGGAGAGACAGCAUUACACUUGUGUUUCUUAAGCAACAAUCCAAUGAUGACCAAGAUAGCACGGGCGCUAUUAGAACUCUACCCCGCGAUGGCAUUUGACCAGUAUGAGGGACAAGAAUAUUACGGUGAGUGGAAUAAAACAUUAGAGCCAAGGACGUUCGUUAGCUUUCAGUUGCGCAAAUUGCCACGUACUUAAAUUUACCCCGUAUUCACCAUUUUCACAUAGAUCAUAAUGCACCAUGUUUACCUCAAAAUGUUGCCUAACCGUUGGUUGUCUUUUGUUUUUUCUUGGGACGACUGUAAUGCCCUGGAGAAAUUGGAAACAAUGCAUGGUAAUGAAAAAUUGUUUCAGGAGGAAACAGGGUGCAUUAUGGUCGAUAUGGAAAUGGGGAAAAAUCUAGCAAACAAAGUUGAUAUCAUCUUACAUAACUUAUAGAGAAGCGCUAAAGAAAACCGCUGCUAAAGUACUAUCGCGAGACUAGUAAUUAGUGAAGCACUGAAUUUCAAACUAAUAAGUUUUUACUUAAAAUGUCCUUUUUGAUGAUUGAAAUAAGAUCAUAUCAGCAAUCACUUUUUAAGGAAAUCUAUCUCGCGAAGAUUUUUAAUGUGGUCGAUUCUCUUAGCAAUGCUUUUGGUGCAGGAAAGUUUGACAAUAAGAUAAGACCCAAAGGAGUUAGACGCUCGUACCACCGUAAGCUGCGAAAAUUGUUGCGCCCUUUUUCCGUAAAACUGGACGAAGAACAUGACUCCGCAACUUACAGAACAAACAGAGAAAAGGCAGAGGAAACAUACUGGCAGCAGAACGGAUCGAUAAAUUUCAACAAUGAUAAAUACAACACAAUACUACAGUCCCGCCACCAGGGGGAAAAAGCUUUGAUCCUUUAACGCUUUUUCAGGUGAGACAUCGGUGCAUAUCGUGAUAGUCAACGGAGAUCUGCAUUCGUUAAAGCUUCUGAUUGGUCGAUGUGGCGCUGAUGCUAACGCACGCGCACAAGGGAGGUUUUUCAUGCCAGAAGAUUGUAAGGAUAAAAUGAAACAGGUUACCGACUAUGAGGGUAAGUGCCACAGGAUCACCAGUUUUCAGAUUUUACAUCCUACCAGUUCUACCCACCUUAAACGGUUAGAAAACUCACGAAGAACAGGAAACUUUAAAAUACUGCGCUUCCAGUAGAAUGGUAACGUUACAUUCUAUUCCAGAAAUUAUUCAAGAAAUCACACCGAAUUUCUCUUGAUGUGAUUGUAAGAAACGCUAAGAAUUUCUUCAUUUUGUUCCUCCCAUAUCAUUUUCGUAUUCCUUCCUGAUCUGGUGAAAUUGAUAUUUUAUAAGACAUUCGAAUCCAAAGAGCUUUGAAUUAAGUACAUAAGAGUCACGCAUUCCACCCCGUCAUGCUUAGUCGAUCGAACCAACCAUAAUCACAAGGUGCAAGCUAGGAUUACAUUCUAAUCAAAUUUAUCCCUUGUUCUAUAUCUAAACCAACUUGCUUGUAACAAACAGGUUAUGCCUAUUAUGGUGAAUACCCAGCAUCCUUUGCAGCUUGUUUUGAAAACAAGGAGAUGUACGACUACCUUAUAAGGAAGGGAGCCGAUCCCAAUAAACAAGACACAUUUGGCAACACCGUAUUACACCUGUGUGUUAUACACAAUAAAAUCGUAAGUACACGCUUGACUUAACCGGCUUACCAAUAAUGUAUACGCUUGCAUUUCUUGUCAGCUAAGAUAAGCAUUAUCAUUGAACCGGGACGAUCGUCAAUGCGGAACAGUUUUCCAGACAUAAACAAAAGUCUCGCUUAGUUUCGUGGUUAAGCAAAAUUUCGAAUAGUCACUGUCAAAUGAGGUUUUCUCCGAAAACAAAAGCUUUCAUUCUUUAAAGUUAUUUUUCGCUAACUUUAUUUUUGCUAAUUCUUUAUAAUAAAUUCUCUUUUCCACCACCCCACUCCUCCACAAUCUUCCGUAAACUAUUAUUUUGAAAUGCUCCUAGGAGAGCUGAAUAUUCCCAAGACCAUUUGAAAACAAUAACUCAGUUGUGCAAAAUUAUUUUUGAGGCGAGGGAAUGUUAGGCAGAGUGUAUUAUGAGGGAUUCGAAAAUGGUCAAUUGCUCAAUCAUGUUUGGAAGUUUCUCACGAUACCCCUAAAGAUUUAGAAAGUUGCUUCAUAAACCAUUUGAAAGUAACAGCCGAUACGUCGUUUGCACAAAGCAACUCUACUAUGUACAUGCAGUACCUUACUUGUCGCAUAGUUGCAUCAAGAGAUAAAAUUGCUUAGAUUUUCCUCUUCUACGCCAGGAACUAUCAAUGAGUUCUCUUUCCAUUUUUCUUUCGUUUUAUAGGACAUGUUUUUUCACGCUACUCGGAGAAAACACAAGAUUCGAGGCGAUCCAUUUGUCAGGAAUAACCAAGGUCUAACCCCGCUGACAUUAGCGGCCAAAUUAGGGAGAAAAGAAAUGUUUCAUGAAAUUCUUGAAUACCAGAGCAUGGUAAGAAAGCAUCUGAUAAAAGAAAAAAGAUCGCCCAAUAAAGGUUAUGUUACACGAGACGAUUCGCAACGACGAUUUUUAGCGCAACACAGCGUUACAACAUUGUUGGGACGUUGUUUCGAAUUGUUGCAACAUUGUUCCAACAUUGCAACGCUGCGUUGCGCUAAAAAUAGUCGUUGCGCACCGGCCCGUGUAACAUCACCUUAAACUCCACCUGUGUGAGCCUCGAGUCGAAGCAGUAAAACUGGAAGAGCAGGCUUGCAUUUUUUUUUCAAAAAGAUGGCAAAACUUAAGUUUUUCAACUGGUCAACAGAUUUGCUACCGCGCAUUAUGUUCAAUGUGUUGUAGUAUGGUAUGUUUUCUCGCGCUAAGCCCUGGUUUACACGUACGACGCAAGUGCAAACGCAAGGUAAAGACACAAGACAGAUUCCAUCGGUUCCAUGCCAUCACGGCUAAGUAAAAAGAACUUGGACUGCUCAUGCGAAUAUGCUUUCCUUGUGUCUGCGUUGGAAGUGUAAACAGCAUUGCAUGUUCAUUUGCGCUUGCGUUUGCACAUACGUCGCACGUGUGAACCAGGCCUUAACAGCAGCGCCAUAUUUUCCAUUACUUAGCGGCGGUGCUAAAGUUUUCCCGCGCUUUGUAGGGGCAGUAUUAAAAGAGAUUUUAAAAUUUUUUUAUGGUUGUUUCUAACAGGAAUACUGGUCUUAUGGACGCAUGACUUGCUCAGGGUACCCGCUGGAUAGUUUAGAUUCUGUCGACAGAAAUGGAAAGUCAGGUAUGCGUGUCAUCAACGAGAUAAAAAAACGAAUUUGCACUGACUUUACCGAUGAUACUAACAAACGUAGCUAAUAACUAUUUAUUCCUAAAUCCUGAUUUAUCUUCCUAGCCUUACGAAUAUGUGUUAAACUUGUGCGGCCAUCCCGGGCGGUGAUGAUGGAAGAGGAUGAGGAGGGGCAAUCCUUCGGAUAAAGGAAUAACCCUGGGGAAGGGAAAAGCCGGAACUUUCCCGCUUCUCGCAAUCAGUAGUAACUAUUAUAUGAUUUCUCUUAUUUCCUUCCCAGUUUACCUCACAUUAUCUCAUAACAUUAUCCCGAAAUUCUGUUCGCUUUCUUUCGUUCUAUUCCUCCUUUCUGCCCUUCUUGUCCCCAUCUUGUUACAUCUUUAUUAAAUCGAUUGUCUUCUUUUUCAUUUAGAUAAAGACUCAGCACUGUUAAUCACACUAAAUGGAAAGACGAAUGAACAUCUAGACAUGUUGAACAGUGGGAUCAUCUAUCGGCUUCUUGAGGAGAAAUGGACAACUUUCGCUAGGGUUAGAAUCAAGGCUAUGUCGCUUUCAAUAUUGUAGGCAGGCAAUGCGUACAGAUCAAGGCAUAAAGGAACUGUGUCAUGAAAUCAAAACUCAAACUGUGGGAAACGCCACCAUUCUGAGUGAAACAUAAAAAUAACAGCUCAGAACAUGAAAAAAAUUAUUAAUAACACAGCAAAUACAAAUUGAGGCACGGAUGGAAAAACUUGAAGACGAUUGACACGGAUUGCAAUUGUGCUUUUUGAAAAGGUUUAAGCCUAACAAGUUCAUUUUUGUUGCUUGUUGUGUUUAUAGCACUACUUAAGAGGUAUAUUUGUUCAAAUUUUUCAAGUUCCAAAGCGAGAAAGGACGCACAAUUGCCAUUAUUAACAAAUUGAACCAGACAACCGUGAGACAACCCCUUUAAAUGCUGGUGUGAAAAAGGCGACGAAUAGCAGCCGCUGGGCAUGCAUAAAGGCAGCAAGGUAAAACCUACUUAAUUCGCUAAAGUGGUUUUCCCUUCUUCUUGCAGGGCAAGUUUUACAGACGUCUGUUAUUUGCGGUUCUGUAUCUUCUGGCUUUUAGCUUAUCCAUCUAUUAUCGUCCGAGGCAUCUGGAUUUUUUGAGAAUAGAAAACGGCGAUGAUGUAGUAAGGAAACCUUUUUGUUUUCUACUACUAUCGCAGGAACCUCUUUGCUAAUGUAAUAUAGUCUCUUUUCAUGAACCUUUGAUAUACUAGAGUGUUCAAAGCCCACUAUUUUUCCGUAAGAAGGUCGAGAUCGAGCGCUUUGCGUUAUGCACAGGCGCCAUCUUGGAUGAGUGUCAAAUCUACUCAGGACCCUGGGGAAUGAAACCAAGACGGCUACCCGUACCGAAAAGCGCUCGAUCCUGACGAUCUUAUGAAAAAAUAGGGGACUGUGAACAGUCUAUUGAUAUAUCUCAAUUCAAAAUAAUAGAAACACAAUUUGAUAGAAUACUAGCAAAAAGCAAAACAGAGGCCACUCACGAAUUUUCGACAGUCAUCCACUCACUUUCAGAUACAACGACCUGACUUCCGGUGGAUAGAUGGACGAUGGGUGAAAACGCACUUGACCCGUUAGAUCAAGCCAAGCCGUAAUGCAGUGAUGUGUGGAUUCGUAUCUAUGGUCCUGGGCUGGCAACCCUGUGAUCGACUAGCAUCUCAUCUAAGGAAAAUUAGCAAUAUCAGAAUAUACUCCUGCGUGUGGAAGUCUGGUGGUUUAUAAGGAGGUAGACAGCGCUGGUAGCCUGCAAAUACAAUCACCUUUCAUUGCUUCCCAUUGCUGGGGAUGAUUUGCGAGUUAACAUUGAUUUGCCUCAUCACUAUGGGAUGUUUGAGGUCAAAACGCAGACGUCUCUCUAGCAAACAUCAGCGACGUGGAGCGGUGACAAUCGGCUGAAAACGCUGGCUCAUAAGGAUGCAGCGUACCCCAGUGGUCAGCGAGUCGGCCUCGGAAUUUGUCAGCAUCAGGUUCAAAUUCAAAUUCUGCUCUGACAACUCGCUGGAUUUGCUUCGUGGUGGUUCCGAAUUCAAAUCCUGGGCCAUGCUUAUAAAUAAUUUACUGGUUGCCUCCUCCCUGUUUGGUUUUUAAUCCUGUUUAUGUUAUAUAUACUUGAAAUUAUUUGAGUGGAGAGCCUAUGAAUUAGCUACCAACCAAGACCACUUUUACUAUAAACAAAGCAUAUACCAAGUAAUUUCUAAUGUACCCUUUGUUUUUCCAAUGCUCUUAAAGAGUUGAUCCAUCGACCGUUAAUUUUUAUAUUAACGACCGCGCAACACAAGAAUGAAUUAACGCAAAUAGAAAUGAAAGCAAAGCGUUUUUUGUCAAUUUCCAGUUCCGUCUGGUGGCUGAAGGCUUCACUGUCCUUGGCGCAAUAAUUUACUUAGUAUUGGAAAUCAAAGAUGUGUUGAUUACCCAAGGAAUCACAGCUCAACUAAUUACACUGGUAAGUUUACUAAGUUAUGCAAGAUUAUCUCAGUCUAAAUUAGACUCUUCACUCCCCUAUUCUACCUAAGAUCGUCGGGAUCGAGCGCUUACCGAUCAUCUUGGUUUCAAAUCUACCGAGGGGGCGGGCCCCGGGGUUGUUAGAGGUAAGGGCAAGAGGGGUUUCCUCCGAAACCGUCCGCCGCCCGCCAAAGUAGACUCGGUACAAUUGAAACCAAGAUGGCUGCCCGUACUGGUGGGUACUCGACCCCGACGAUCUUAAGGAAAAAUAGUGGACUGUGAACAGUCUUCUCCACGUCAGAAAACCUUAGGUAUCGGAUUCGGAAGUAUUUCGGUUGCGCCUCUAGUAAGGCAGUAAACCUGACACGAAGUUUGACCCAUUUUCCUAUGCAAUUUUGCAAUCGCCAAUGAGAGAAGCGAUAGUGUCCCUAAAAGAGACCCAUAGUGCAAUUCGAUACAACUAGGACCCAGUUACACGCUGAGCAUCAGAAUGGCCGAUUACAUCAAAGUAAUUCGAAAAAGAACAUCCACUAAGGCGUUUACCGGCAACGUCUCCUGGGUAAAUAUGCGUAACUUUGUCAUUUCGACGCAGGGAAAAAAACGACAUGAAGCAAGGAGUAAAUCUUACCUGGCCUACGUCAAGAAGACAAACAUAAAAGCAAGUGACAUAGGUAUACCAACCCAAGGCCUGGCCAUGCAUGCGCCCACGCAUGCGCAGAGCCACAUCGCCUAAGCAGUGACAGCUAUUGACAGCUGUUUCCCCCUUAUCAUGACUGACACUGCCCGACUGAUAUGGCUGUGUGCAUGCGUGAGCUACAGGCCAAGCCUUGGGUUGGUUUACAUGUGUCACUGGCCUUUAAGUUUGUCUUACUCCACCUCAGACAACCUAGCAGUUAUCUACACUGUGGAUCAAGGUGAUGUGGUAUUAAUAAUUUGUUGAUCAGUUGAAUGAUAAAUAGGGUUCGUGCAUAAGCCGUGGUUUCGCAUAACCGUGUUGUAUUCUUAGCUGAUCAUAUGUCAUAGUCAACAGUUUCAUUGGUAUCAAGAACGUGCCUUCCGAAAUAAUGAUUCCUGACCCAAAACAGGAGCCCAAAAACUACACUAAUUACCGACGGCCAGGGCGUCAUAGUUUCACUCUAGUUACGCCCUGUCCACCGUAUGUUACUUGCGAGUGUUUACUUGAGUAUUGUGUAGCCGCUUCUUGAUUUUUAUUUUUACAGAAUACUGAAUUAUCGAUCUUGUGUUCAUUGGGUUCCUUAUUGCGUUACCUUAUUCCAUCCUUAUUUUUCUAGCGUGACGCUCCAGGCAAAUCUCUUUUCCUUGUAUCCUGUAUACUGGUCAUCAUUGCGUUACCAUGCCGUUACCUAGGUCAACGAGAUGCUGAGACAACGAUGAUGAUUCUGGCCGCUCCAAUGGCCUGGUGCUAUCUGCUGUUCUUCUGUAGGUAAGUGGACAAGUCCUCUGCUUAACCAGUUCUUUACGUUUGUCACGUAACACUCCGAGACAGCUGACGUAGAUCAGCAUGUGCGCAAAACAAUAAUUUCAUAUCUACGAUUUCACUCUGUCUGUAAGUGUGAAGUCUGGCUGUAGUUGAUCUGGGUGCGAGAAUGAUGGGGGAGGGAGGAAGAGGGGUACUAAGGGUCGAUUACUGUGUGCAGGCAGGCGUUCAAAAUGGCGUUCCCUUCCCUAACCCCGGGGGGGGGGGGUACUGCCAUAUAUGGGCUAUAUAGGUAUGUGCCGCUGUGAAGGGUAUGGUUUUCAAGCAGUUUACUCUAGGAUAGGGUAUAUAAAUCAGAGCGUUUGGCUCUAGAAUAGGGUAUCAUUUUUCAGGAAACUGAUCAGUUGGUUGAAGAUUUUAUCUAGACUAGGUACAAAGCUACUCUAGGAUAGGGGGAUUUGGGGAGUUUACUCUAGUAUAGGGUAUCAUUUUUCAGGAGACUGAUCAGUUGGUUGAAGAUUUUAUCUAGACUAGGUACACAGCUACUCUAGGAUAGGGGGAUUUGGGGAGUUUACUCUCGUAUAGGGUAGCAAAAUUCAGCUGAACUAGUUCUGGUAAAGGUUAAGGGUUCCAGGCUCCCAGCGGCACAUCCCCACCCAGAAAUUCCUAAAGUGCCCCCCCCCCCCCGGGCCCCUAACCCAUUCUUUUCAAACGACGGCCACGUUGGUUAGUGUUUCAGCUUUCUUAGAAGGGAUUUUCUUCAAUGGUUUCGUUUUGUUUUUCAGAGGUUUUGGAGCAAUCGGUCCUUUUGUAAAUAUGAUAUACAGAAUGUGCGCAGGAGACAUGUCAAGAUUCUUUAUCAUUUAUAUUAUUUACGUAGUGGGACUCGCACAAGGUGAGCAUGUGCAUGCAUUAGAAUGUAAUUCAGUACCCAGGGGCCUAGGUACCAAAGGUUAUUUUUCUCGGGAGCGGCGGGAUACAUCGUAGUCGGCCGACACAACUUCAGCCAAAGGCCGAAAUUUCGAGCAGAGAAGCUGCCAGAAAUAAAACCGCUGGUACUGCACGGUAAACAUAAAUAAUUGUCUGUAACUGGAAACCGCACAGAAAACUCCAUGGCACCCAGCGUUUUAUUUUAGUAGGAGAAAAAGAAUUGCUAAGCCAUACUAUAAGCUACAAGAAUCAAUAGAGUAUUGAAUUCGUUCAGACAGACGAGGAAUUUGCUUGGGCAGUUUCCUGGGCAGUUUGAUGAACCAAUGAUUGAAUAGUUCGGUAGCCCGGCAAACUUUCACUCUCCAUGAUCAUGAAAUCAGAAUCUCACUAAAAUUAACCAACCUCGUUCCCAGGGCUUCUCUUAUUUCCUUUCCUAAUUUCUAACGGAAAAGCCCUGCGAACGAGGUUUGCAAAUUUACAGCACCUUUUUACAAUGUUUCCUCUUCAUUUUCCUUCACAGCAUUUUCCUACGUGAUGAAAGGAGUAGAGGGCUAUCAGAAUGAAGGCUAUACUAUUAUGACACUAAUGCGCAUGACAUUUGGGGAGUUCGAUGUAAGUUUUAGCUAAAAUAUAGCUGAAAUGUUUUCUUCAACGUUGCGCCUUGUUAUUGGUUCUUUCAAGGUCAUAUGACCUUAAACAAUGGAAUUUUUUCCGGCCAAAAUCUCACUGACUGGCAACAUUCAGGCAAACUCUUUGAUGUUCCUGGGGCCCAGUCUCUCUUGAGUUAAUGUCGACGUAAAAACAAAAUAUCAAUUAAAAUAUCUUGUGGCACUGUCUUUGUAGCAAACUCAUUUGGUGUCCCUACUUUUUCCUUAAUCACUUUUUGUGGCUGACAAAUGCCUUUUGUUUCUCCGCAGUUUUUCCAAUUCGAUAAGUCCCGGCAUCCAACGUUGGCAAAAUUGUUGUUUUUCUACUUCAUGUUGUUUGUCACAGUUUUACUCAUGAACAUGCUGAUCGCCAUGAUGGCUAACACCUAUCAGAAUGUAAGUGUUACAGCUUCACUCAAGCUCCAGAAAAAAAGUUGUGUUCGCCAAUGUAGCUUGAUAGGAAUUUUGUAAAAACAUUGGUCUGACACAGUUAGGUUGGGGCCUUUUUUUCUUUUCCUUUUUUUUUUACAUCGCCUUUUACCUGAGUAAAAAUAAAACUUGAUGAGUAACCGCUUCUUUGCGAGAUAAGUUAUUGACGGACGUGACCAUAGAAACAUUAUAACUUCUCGCCUCAGCCCGCAUGUCAGGUACCGGUUAUCCGGAUUCUGGAAUCCAAGAAAUUGUUGCUUGUGGAAUCCUUGAUCCUGGAAAUUUUUGGCUUGUAAAAUCAGGAAUCUUGGACUUUGGAAUCUGGAAUUCAGCUCCAGGAAUCCGGAAUCUAAGUUCCACUGACAAGGAUUGCGGAUUCCAGUACCUGGAAUCCGGAAUCCACAGCGUCGAAUCCAGAAUUCACGACUGUCUUGAGCUAGCUAACAUGGGGCAAGACUAGCCUGUUAGCAAGCUCUCCAUGUAUGGCGAGCGAAGCAAGCCGCGAGAGAACGCGCAAGCGAGCGGCAACAGCGUGCUACUCUCGCGUGACUUCUCGCGACUCCCCCAAAUGGAGAGUCUGCUAGCAGGCAAGGCGCAAGACUUGCAAUCCUCUUCCAAUCUCAUGGCCACCUACAACAUGGGCAGUUGCUAACUUCAGCUCAUGAAUAAAGUCAUGUAUCCACAAAACUGAGCCACUGUAUUUCUAUUUUUUUUGUGAUAGAUUGAAAAGAUUAAUAUUCUCUGAGCUUUUCACAAAGAUAGUAAAAACUGGCGAAAAAGCGUUUCAACUCCAAAAUGUCCUCAUAGAAAUUUUCCAGACUGAUAGGUUCCUCAUAUUUUCUUAAAGAAUAAGGUGAAGGAAAUUGUAUAAAGAGCAAAGCAUUUCUCAUGCUGAUCUGCUCAUCACAGCAGUAAUUCUUAUAAGCUUUUCUGUUAGGUUCGUUACUCAUGGCUUUUUUGGGAGCUGAAAAGGUGACUAUAAUUUUUUUUUUGUCCUCCAGAUUUCAGAUCGUUCAGAGAAAGAAUGGAGAAGGCAGGUAAAGGUUUUCAACCAAUAAUUUGAAUAGUCUGACCAUAGAGUUUCGUCCGCAGACUCAAAAUUUAUAAACACGUUUCAUGUCUUCAUAAUUGACUGUGGGAGUGAAAAAAUGCAAUCAUCUUAUUUUCCAGUGGGCGCAAAUUAUCAUGGUGUUAGAGCGUUCCGUCAAACCGUCAGAACUGAAGAAACUUCAGGACGAUUACUCGGUCGAUAUGGCUCCAGAGGGGAUUGAGGAGAGACGGAGAGGUCUUAUGGUGAUUAAAAAGAGCAGUUUGCCGAGUAAAGCGGACAAGCGUAGAACCGCCAUCUUGAAUUGGCAGGUAUGGGUAAUAAUUUGGGCUGGUUUAAUAUAUGGUAUCAGAACUGUUUAAAGGUUAAAAACUAGAGGUACGGUAAACAUUGAUCAAGGAUCCGCGUUCGUCACUUACGGAAAAAUUACGGAAACGAAGUCGAGUCGAAAGGAGCCCAGUUUCCCGGCCGAGGUGCCCUGAUAAAAUUAAUAGGGGCGGCUAAUUUGCAGUCGUCCGUGAUACUCAAAAAUUAUUUCCUUAGUGCCACAGGAACACCAGAUUAGGAUGCGUUUUGACGACGCGAUAAGGAAUGCGGCUAUGUUCAAAUUUUACCGAAUAGUUUUCGCGCCAGCACGAAAACCAUACUAGAAUGGGCUUCUGUUCACGCACAAGAACAGUGAUUUUGGCGCGAAUUCUAUGACGGAGCGAAGCUGCGGCGCGCAGAUCUCGAAAUUGGAUCAUAACAUAUGGGAUAGGUUCUGUGCCACGCUUUAGGUGUAAUGUGAACAGGUAUCAGGGACCGUAGCGGAAGUGAAUAAGUAGGAGCAGGGAGGACUGGAAUCCACUAAGACGGAGGUAAAUAUUUAGGAGUCAAGGGAGUCAGGACUGAGGUUUUGUUUACCAAAUCCCCCUCGGCCAACCGCUCGGGCACGAUGUUGGAUAUUUGUGAACGACUUGUUCCACUUCUUUGCCGUUGCUGUUCACAGUAUAACUGAUAGCUUUUAGUGUCGGCACGAAAGCUGUCCGGUAGAGUGUGAACAGAGCUUCAGGUGACCGCAAACCUGACAUGAAGGCUUUCGAAAGAAGCGGGAAAGAAUGUCUGAUUAGCUCCUAUUGAAAUAGUCACGCUUAGGGUUUUUUUGUUCCCAUCAAAUUUAAUUCAUAACCCGAUUAAAUUACCUUGGUUAAAGCGUCACCGAAAUAGUUGUGAUCUUCUACCUUAAAUCCGCUUUAAGUUAAAAAUGUACCAGAUAAAGAAAAUUGUUUCCCACUUAGCUUAGUAGUUAUAUGAUCAACUUAUAAGCCUGUACCUACCUGACAGAGUUAAAGAAACACUGAGAAGACUCUAAGAAGAAUAUUUUGGAUUGUAUGUAGUAAACGUCAUAAACGAAUUUAUAUAUAAACAAUAUCCCCUAAUUAAAUUUUACUCUCUUUAAAGUUUACUGUACUUUGAAGAAGUAUUACAGUGUAUAAACAAAUACAUAUCCCUUAACUGCAACUGAGAACACUUUAUAAAUCAUAGCUUACGUCACUUUUUGAUUCUUUAUAACAAAAACGCUUGAAAACACCCGGUUAUGUCAACAGUUUAUUGCGAAAAACUGAUCUCUGUGAAAUGCGAAAUGUGUUAAAAAGAUUUUCUUUUGUGCUUUACGUAUAUAGUAAAUUUUUAAUUCAACUAAGGACAGAAGUAAACCGGCUAAAUCGCUAUUAACUUAAUUUGUUGUAAUUUAACCUCAACUUUGAACAUUUAACGCCAGAAUCUUCUCAACGAUUUGGAAGUGCAAAGUUUAAUGGCGACGGACACAGGUAAAGUCCUUGAGUAUUGCAUGUGUCCACGUGGAAGGCACUCAAUAUUGCACAUCAAUAGUAUGAGCACACUGAACACUAUGAUUUAUAAUUCAUUGCCCUAAUAUAUAGAUUUAGUCAAGGCUAAAGGCGAAGCACCCAUUAAUAAAUUUAUAAUUUACUUCAAGCAAUCAACUUGUAACCAUUACAAAGAAAUCUACUCAGAGUUGAGCCUGCGAUCAGUUAGAAACUAGUAACUUGUCAACGGAUAACUUCAAAAGAACACAUAACCUCUAUAGGUCGACACCUGUGCCCGCGAUACGGUCAACUGAUACUGGUCAACGAAUACCCUGUUUUUGACAGCUGUCAAUUGACCACGACGUGAAAGUGCAGUAUCAGGUUGCAGGCUCCCACACUGGCUAGAAAGUGUGAGAUUUCACAUUGGUUUCCCUGUGGUGCGGACGGACGUCAGUCACGGCACAACCAAAAAUUCUCGGAUGAAUAUAUAGCCAAAUUUUGUUAACCAGUGGGUUCUGUUUGCGUGGAGCUCCGCUAUUUAAGCAAUAGAAAACGUUUUCCGUGUUUGCAUAGCCUGAUAUAAACACGAGAGGGGUUGGGAGAAUUCGAGACAGUUAUGCAAACCCGAGACGAAGUCGAGGGUUUGCAUAACCUUCCCUAGAAAAAAACGCAAAACUCUUUGUAUGGCACUGAUUAAAAGAAAAAUUCUUACCAGUCGCAAAAUCUUGUCCACGAAGUCUUGCACGCGUAAUCAGUUCUUGUUUUACAAAAAGACGCUCUGCAAAAUACGGAUUUUUCUCGAUUAAAACGUCAGCUUUUUACAUACUCUCAUGCAAACACUCCUCUCGGCCAAUCAGAGCGCGCGUACUAUCUUAGUUAUUUUAUAAAAGAACAUAUAACGAUUACUUUAGAGAUAUACCACAUCACCUAAACCUCGUCAGUUUAAAAUAAGGAAAUAAGUUUUAAACCGUGGUCAUUGGCUUUUGUUCCGGGGAAAAAAAUCGUGACAUUGGAAUUGUCUGAGUCCUCACAAUUUAACUGUAGGUCUUAUUUUAAAUGAGUAGUCAAUGAAUCUCAAAAAUUGGAACAGAUGAGAGAAAUGCAAUCAAACAACUGAUUAUAUUGGAGGGAAGUACACAAAAUUUGCCCCCCGUUGCUGGCAGACGCGUGCUGGAAUCCAUAGCAAGAUUAACCAUGGAAAAAUGUACAACCGCUGCUUAAUACGUAAGCAAUCAGUCCAAUCACACAAACGUUGCUGGUCAAAGAGACUCGUAGACAGAAAAAAUGGGAUUGGUACCACCCUUCUGGUACAACGCAGCGGGUGCCAUGCAUGCGCAGUAAUAACAUCCUUGAUAUCGUCGAUAAGUACCCUCACUCUAUAAACAAUGGGGCUGGUAUGAUUUUGACGCUAAACUUGACACAUUUAGGUAACUGCUAAAACGAUAAGUUUGAACGGUGUAUCUAAAACUUAAUACACCUAACAUGAUUGUCAUAAAACUACUGCUUUCAGGAGUUUAGGUGCGUAGUAAAACCUAUACAUCUGGCAAAUGUACUAUUAGUUCAAAUGUUAGUAACUGUUUAGUACAUGAAUGCAUGUUUUAUAAAAAACACAUCUCAAUCAUUGACCGUUUUCUUGUGGAUAAAAAUUAUUAACUGAUGCCUCAAUGUCUAAUAAGAAGUUGAUUGGCACACGAUACUGUGCACUGUGCAUAUUUUCGCCUCUUUCUACUCAGGCAUGGCUUGACUGAUAGAGCGUUCAUUAAUUUUCCAUGUUUUGAUAUUUAAGGGCUUUUAUAAUUUUUUUUUCACAGGUUCUGGGAGUUGACUCGGUCAAGAAUAGGCUUCAAGAACAAGCAACGCAAAAGCGGCAAAAACCACUUACAACAGUUUCCACUUGAAUAUCACUUGGUCAUACUCAUGCCGGCAAUACAACACGGGAAAAACAUGCCAAUGACGCGUGAGCUUUGUUAAUAAGGAAGGAAAACAAAAGCGAGGCUACGCCAUUUACUAUGUUAUUGGAUAAGUAUGAUACAACAAAAAAACAGAAAAAAUUGAAAGAGAGGCAAUGCACCAUAGUGGCUACGUGAUUGUCAUGUGCAAGUCAUGAGCAUGGAAGUGGUGCAUCAUGUGCACCUCACGUCAGUUUGGUAGAGAACUGUUGUCGCAUUAUGACCAUUUAUAUAAGAAGUACACUACUAUAAAACCGUAACACUUGAAUGAAAGCAACGGACCAACAGUGGUUUACAUUCGAAGAUAUAAUUUAAGAAUUAUUAAACC